AUGCCUUUUAAAAAAAGUAAUUGCCCACCCUUGAUAUAGAACAGCGAUUCUCAAAGGGUGUUCUGGAAACCUUGGGGAUCCCGAGACCUUUCAGGGGUCUGCAAGGUCAAACUGUUUCCUUAAUAGUACAAAGACUAUUAAGUUUUAGUUUGCAUUUUCCACUCUCCUUUUCUCAUGGUGGUGCUGGGGAGUUUUCACAAGACUUCACAAUGUGCAAAAACCACAGCAGAGCAAGUGCACAGUGGACAGGAGAGUCCCUCUCCUCCAGUCCGACAUUAAAGGGACUUGCAACAAAGGUAAAAUGACGUCACUCUUCUGACUACUUUUUCUCGUUUGUUUGGAGAAAUUUAUGUUUAUUUUCUCAGAAAAGAUGUCAACUUGCAAGGGGUUUAAUCUUGUUAUCUCAAAUUAAUGAGGACGUACUUUUUGAAUGGGUCAGUUUUAAUUUCUGAAACAGCUUAUUUGAACACAUGUUGCCCACAUAAACAAAUGUUUUGGAGGUCUUCAUGCACUGAGAGUAAAAAAGAAGUCCUGAGGCCAAAAGAUUGAGAAAAGCUGAUCUAGAAGUAGCCAAUUCUAUUUUUUUUUUUUUCUUUUCUGAAGCUGCAUAAGUUACCCAAAAGUGUCCUUUCGGAGGCAGGCAGCUUCCGUUUCUCAUUGGUAGAAGGAUGGUCAGCCUGGGCUUUGUAUUGCAUGAGAUGAAGGGUGAGUGUUAAGGUUGAAUUGUGUUCCCCCAAAAAGUGUUAUUGAAGUCCUAACGCCCAAUACCUUACAAUGUGACCUUAUUUGGAAAUACAGUCUUUGCAGAUGUAAUUAGUUAAAUUGAAUGAGGUCAUUAGGGUAGGCCUUAGUCCAACAUGACCGGUGUCUUUAUAGAAGGGGAAAUUUGGACCCCGGGAGGGACACAGGGAGAACCCUGUGUGGCGGUGAAGGCAGAGAUGGGCUGAUACUCUACAAACUCAGGAACAACAAAGAUGGCCUGCACACCACCAGAAGCCAGAGCAAGGUUGGAACAGACCCCCACGCAGGCCUCAGAAGAACCAGGAACCAGUCCUGCUGACACCUUGACCUCAGACCGCCAGCCUCCAGACUAUGGGAAUGAAGCUCUGUUUUUCAGGCCACCACAGUGUGGUGCUUUGUUACAGUGGCCCAAGGAAAUGAAGACAAUGGGGAAUUGUUUUAGAAGCUGAACAUGUCCGGGACCCCUGUGCUGGAGCCACCUUCUUUCAACUGCUGGCUGGAUGAUUUGCCUCCAUCAAGUGCCCUGUCACCUGACACCUCCCAAGCAUGUCAUAUUUCUACAUUUUCUUUUCUUCAUUUCUGCCUCCUCUUCUGUCCCCUUCAUUCCUCCUAUGGUUAUUGUAUUCACAGUGAAGGGUCAUGAGAUGUGUUAGGAGCACUUUUUGGCCCCUCACAGGGUCUGACCAGACCCAGAGGGAGCCCUUCCAAGGGAAUUGCACUCAGCUCAUUCUCACCACCCCUGGGGGGAGGGACUGAUGCAACCUCCAGCUGGCAGGUGCAGCAAUGCAGGGGAAGGGCGGUGAGGUUGCACAGCUUGGUAGGGGCAGGCUGGCUCCAAAAUUCAUGCUCUUAACUGCAAAGUGAGAUGUGUGGUGCCAGAGCACAUAUGUUAGGAUUAGAUUCUAUCUUCUGAUAUAACAAAACUCUCCAAUAGCAGCGGUGGAGCAGCGCAUGGUGGGAAGUUCUAUUAGACUUCUCUGUGCCUUCCUUUUGGCCACUGCUGUGGUAGCCAGGAUUUGGAGUGAGCACCUCCAUUGUGUUGUUCAAACCAUGAAUUUACAUCUGUUCACACUUCCUUUCCACUAUGAGGAGAGUUGACAAGGAAGCAGAGCAGCAUGGACAGCUACUCAUCUGUGAACAUGGUCAUCCCUGAUGCUGUGGAGUCCUGGAGGGAGGGUGGGGCUGCGGCGGGCCUCCUGGGGCCUGUUUAGGUUGUCCUCCAACCGGAGAGACAGGUUGGUGCAGACAAAAAGAACUAAAUCCAGAAGCUCAGGCAAAAGCUAAGAAGCUUAGUUGGCUCAAGUUACCUGUGUGCUUAGAAAUAGUUAAAUAUUAAUUUAGGUUCUUGCAUAUUGAAGGGCAAAACUCAGAGCACAGAGCGAUAGGGCAGGUAGUCAGUGUAGGGGAAAUAGCCAGGAGCCCUUUUACUCUUGCUGCUAUCUGCACUCCACGAGGAUGGCCUGCCUCCCCCGUGUGGUCCGGGGCGUUUCUGCAGGGGUUUUACUCUUAGGGCUUUGGGGUGUGGCUCUCGGUGACAAGCUGUUGGUGGUUCCGCAGGAUGGAAGCCACUGGCUCAGUAUGAAGGACAUAGUUGAGGUGCUUAGUGACAGGGGCCAUGACAUCGUGGUGCUGGUGCCAGAAGUCAAUUUGCUUCUGAAAGAGUCCAAACACUACACCAGGAAAAUCUAUGCGGUGCCCUACAACCAGGAAGAGCUACAGAGACGCUUCCGUACCUUUGGGAACCGGCACUUUGCUGAGAGGUCGCUCCUGGCCGCUCCCCUGGUGGAGUACAGGAAUGUUAUGGUCGUCGUUGACCUGUGCUUCAUCAGCUGCCAGAGCCUCCUGAGGGACUCGGCCACCCUGACCUUCCUCCGGGAGAGCAAGUUCGACGUCCUGUUCACAGACCCGGCCAUGCCCUGCGGGGUGAUCCUGGCCGAGUACCUGGGCUUGCCCUCCGUGUACCUCUUCAGGGGCUUCCCGUGUGCCCUGGAACAUACGUUCAGCCGAAGCCCGAACCCUGUGUCCUACAUCCCCAGGUGCUACACCCAGUUCUCAGACCGGAUGACUUUCUCCCAGCGGGUGGCCAACUUCCUCGUUAAUCAUUUGGAGAACCUUCUGUUUCACUGUCUGUAUUCAAAGUAUGAAGACCUCGCAUCAGACCUCCUCAAGAGACAGGUGCACUUACCCACCUUAUAUCAGAAGGGCUCCAUUUGGCUCUUGAGAUAUGACUUUGUGUUCGAGUAUCCCAGACCAGUCCUGCCCAACAUGGUCUUCAUUGGAGGGACCAACUGUAAGAAGAAGGGGGUCCUGUCUCAGGUGGGUGGCUUUAUUUCUUUGUGACUGCCCCAUUUCUUCACUCUCUGCUUCCCUCACUGGUCUGGCUACUCCUCUGACUCUCACCUGGGAGGGCCAUCUGAAGGAAGGGAUGCCAGGCUCGGAGGAGGGGGUGGAGGAUACCUGAGGCUGAGGGUUUGAAUGAGAUAGCACUCAUGCCUGGCAACAGCAGCAGUUAUCUUCACCUGGGUAACCUGGGGAUAGUCAUGGAAUGAGCCUUAGAAUUUUCCAGGCCAAAUCCUGCACUUACCUGUUGAAGAAACAGGUGAAGUCCAACAGGACACAGCUAAGAGGGUAGUCCAGGUCAAAACCCGUUCUUCCAACUCUAUGUCAUGCUUUUUUCCCUGGUCCCUAAACCAGGGGUUAGCAAACUAUAGUCGGUGUACCAAAUGGACGUCAGCCCACAGCCUGUUGCUAUAUGGUUCAGAACUAAGAAUGAUUUUUAUAUUUUAAAAAUGAUGUUAAAAACAAUCAGAACUAACCAGGCCAGCAGGGGAGGGCAGUUGGGGGUGACUAGGCCGGCA